CAUAUGGGGAAAAAGGAUUACAAUUCAACUUUGUUGAAAUGGGCGCAAUCACUUUUACUUAAUGACUCUGCUCAAAAUCUCAAAACCCUUGCAGAUGGAAACGCAUUAUAUCAAAUUCUGAAGCAGAUUGACCCAAUCUACUUCACGCAACAUCUUAUAACACCCGAAUUAUGUUCCAAUCACACGGAUUAUAAAAUCACAAAUUUAAACAUAGUCUUAAAAGAAAUGAUAUUCUAUUACAAUCAGAUUUUGAAUAUUCGUUUAAAUCAAAGAUGCAUACCGGACAUAAAUGCUUACGGUGAAAGCGAAUUUGAUGAUAUGGUAGGAAAGUUUUUGCAGCUAAUUUUGGGUUGCGCCGUCAACUGCGAAAACAAGCAAGUGUACAUCCAAAAAAUUUUACAAAUGGAAAAAUCUUGCCAAGAAGUCAUAAUGGAUGCAAUUACUCAAUUGGAUUUAAAAGAACAGCAACCUACUCCAAUCUUAUCUCCUAUAGGUGAUACUCAAUCAACUCAAGUUAAACACUUAGAACAAGAAGUAUUUCGGCUAAAGAUCGACAAAGAAGAGAGCGAAGGUAGGUGUCAAGAAAUGUUGGACAAGUUGACACUUAUUAACGAAGAAAAAUGCAAUUUGCUGAUCGAAAAUCAAAAUUUAUACAGAAACGCCACGCAGGGUCCUAACUCUGCGUACAAAAGUUUGUCUAGACUUGGCGCGUCAAUUGACAAUUUGACGGUGCCCUCCAGUGACGAAGAAAAUGAAAUAUACAAAUCUCAAAAAUACGAUUCUAUGGCGAAACAGAUAAAUUCCCUUAGGGAGGAUGUUUACAGAUUGGAGAAUGUUCGUGACGAUUGUGAGAUACAACUAAAUUUGGUCAAGAAAGAAAACUUGGAGCUCAUGAAAAAAAAUGAGGAUCUCUUAGUUUCGUCAUCCCAAGCUCACAAAUACAAAGAUGAAUUGGACGUUUUACGGCACCUGGCAGAAAAAAUUCCGAAAUACGAAUCUACCAUUGACACUUAUAAAAAAAAGCUGGAUGCCUUAUCGUUUACCAAUAGGGUCGAUAUACUGGAAGAAAAAAAUGCUGAAUUAAACAAAAAUUUAGCGGAAAGGGAUGACGAUAAAAGAAAAUUGAGUACAUUGAAAAAUGAACUAGACUCCCUAAAAUUUAAGCAUAGGGAAAUUCUAAAUUUGCAGGAAUUCGAAAAACAAAGAUUGGAGAAAGUCAUGGUCGAAAAAAUAGAUUUACAAGAUAAUUUUUCCAAAAUCGAAACUCAUACACAGAAUCUCAUGGCAGAAAUUAAAAAGUUGAAAGACGAAAACGACUACUUAAAUCUGUGCUUAGGUAAGGACACUGUUUCAAAUAGUUUAUCAAAUUCUACUGAGCCAUCACCCAUUGAAAGAAUUGAACUAUCUGAUAUCGUUACCAAUGGUGCUAACAAAACGCCUUUAAAUGACAACUCUGUACUUGAAUUUAAAAGGGAAAUCUUAAAAGUAAAGGCCGAAAAAGAUGAAAUGGAAAAAUUUUAUAGUUCUCACCUAGAAAAGGCUAAAAAGAUAAUCGAUAUAUUAGAAGACAAAAAACAACCAAAUGGAAGUUCGUCACAAGAUGAUAAAGAUGCCAUUAUUAAAGAGUUGACGGAUGAGAACGAUAAACUAAAAACUUCACAAGAAAUCAUAACGAUGGCAUGGAAUAAUUUGGCUAUGCGUAUGUACAAACAAAAUAUGAACGAAAAUUUUUCCUCGUCUCUCUGGUCACACAAUUCGUUUCUUAAUCAUCAAAGAGCCAUUCUAUCCUUGAAAUAUAAAAGGCCAUGAACACUUAGAUUGUCAAUAAUGAGCUUCAUCAUAAAUUAUUUGUAAAUUUGUUUAAAUUGCCCGGAUUUAAAUAUAAUUACUUCUGAGCAUGCUCACUAUUGUAAAACUGAUUCCUACGUUUGUU